CUAAAUUUAAAUGGCUACAUUCAGACCACAUUCUUACACAAAUCUGUUGUGUGAGUCCUUGUCCAACUUAAUAGGGCCUCACAAACCUAGCUGAAACCCUAGCACUUGAGCAAAAAAAAAUAACAAAACUGACCCAAAACAGAAACCCUCAUUCUCUCUCUAACCAAUCUCAUCUCUCUGCGUGAGAUUGUUGACUGCGAAUGGGAUUGAGCUGGUGAAGUUGUUAGAACUGAGAUCGAGCCAAUUCCCUUGGAGGGAAGCACUAUUGGCGAAAUCUGCGAAGACUCAGAACUCGGAGCUGACUCAGCCGGCCGAGCGUGUUGGGUGGAAUCAGACCCACAAGCCCAACACCGGGAAGGUGAAGCGAGUACACAUACAGCUGGUUCCCGUCGUUGUCAGAGCUCCAGGUUUGAAGAAGCUGAGCUAUGGCGAGAUUACGGGCAUUCAGUUCGAGUACUUGGGAAGAUAAGGGUUUGUGCCUUUGGUCAUUGACACGGGUCAUUCAGGUAAUCUAGGUUUAGUUGUGUACUUGGUGUUUAUUCAAAAGGACUCAAUUCACACCUCUCCAUUUACCGUAGCUCUGCCUCUCUCUCUCUCUCUUGAUGCCGAGGUCCUUUCUGAGUUCUGUGGUAGACUGGUAGGGCUCCAACAUCGUUUUCAGAUUUGUGGCUAGGCUCCUCUAAAUCUUUAUCCGUUUCGCACUCUCUCUAUUAGAGUUGGAUUCGCAUUGUUUUCAGAUAUGUGGUAAGCACUUUGUGAAACAUCUUUGUUUGGAUUUGACGUUUUCUAUGUUUCAUGUACUAAAAGCAUAGCUCGCUCGAUUCAGUUGCCUCAAACCUUAGUCUCCUUGCAGCAACUUCUGGAAUAGUGAAACCUUGGAACUCGCCUUAUGCUAAAAUUCUUUGCUCUUCUUCUCUCAUUCUUGUUCCACUUUUCAAUUUCUUCACGUCCUUUCAGUCAUGGGUACCUCUGAUUUUGCAGAAAUGGUAUCUCUCGAUGCUCAAGAGACUUGCCACUGGAUACAAGAAUAAGGUGUGGAGAAAGAAGCUAAAGUAAGAUUCUUUCAUUGUUCUUGUGGUUGAUCAAAUAUGCUUCUGCACUUUUCUAAUUUUGUAGCUCCAGGUCUUCUAUUGCCUUUCAUGUCUUGUAAACAUCCUCUAAUUCACAUAUUUCACUAUGACAUAAAAAAUGGAGGACUUUGAGAUUUCAAACCACUGAGCUUCUCUCUAUUUUGCUUCAAUACCAGAAAUCUACUUUCUUUUGGUAAGAACUUCUAUUUUCAGUUAAAUUCCAGCUCUUAAAGCUAUUCAAGGUUGUAAUGGAAUGCACUUUUGAUUAUUACAUUUUUGUAAACCCAUUAGGAUGGAUAGGACUGGAAAAGAUCAAAGAUCAGUUACUGCACUCCAAGUGUUUGAUGUUAUGCCUCAAAGACAACACCCAAGCUGAACCAGUGGGCUGUUCCAUAAUUUUCGAAAAAUCUGUACUCCUUGUUUUACUCUCGGUUUUUGAUAGCUUAAAGUAGACUCUUCAAUGGUCAUUUUGAGCUUUGUUUCACAAAAAACGGAGUUAAAUUGAGUUACUUGUGCUAUUUUGAAGUUACUGCACUGUUUCAGGAUUUCUGCAGAAUCAGCGUUUCUGUCAAUUUUAGAUUCCUGUUUGACCCUUCAUUUGAACUUCGAUUUGCAUGAAACUUUGCAAAAUAGUAGAUUUUCAUGUCUACUUCAAAUCUGGAAAGUUUUGCUUGAAAUCACUGAAAGACUAAUUGUUGGUGAAAUUUUCUUGCUUGUUACCAGUUUUCUGAAAUUUUCUCAAACUUGCAGCUUAUUGUUGCAAGCAAUUGAUUUGAGAACCUUUACACUUAUUUUUCUGUCCUCGAUCUUUAGUGAGUCAGAUUAGACAUGCAAAGCAUGCCCUGAAACUUGACUUCAGUUUGAAAGGUUUAGAAAAGGUUUUGUCUUUGUUCAAAAGUGACUACAAACCAGUGUUUUCUAUGCAUUCUGAUCAAAACAUUCUGAUCAAUGUUUUCUUUUCAGAAUAAGCCCACACAUGGAGAAGCUCUAGCUAUUUCUCAGUGUCUAAUUGAGUGAUUUAUUCUAAGGGAGACAUGUUAUUAGGACUGAUGGUGGGUUACAAGUUCAUAAUAGGUUUUUCAGUUUCUUUAAUCGAACCAAGGCUUUGAACCUAAUUAUUGUACACAAUCUUUAUGAGCAUGGCUUGUAUUUUUUCUAGUUAUUUAUAGUUGCUGAACUUAUUUAUUUACCUUGGUUUAUUUUUCAUCACCUAUUGUAUUGCAAAGAAUUUGAAUUUUGUUGUCUAAUGACAUGAACUGUAUGACCCAGUGGCUGAUAUUUUCCUGUGGAGGGAUAAGAAGCUAUCAGGAGCAUUGCAGCAGCUCAUCUCAAGAGAAACAAUCUGCUCCAAAGUCAAAACCGUUUUUCUUAUUAGCGGGUCCGAAUGUGAUUGAAUCCGAGGAGCAAAUUUUCCGGAUGGCCAAGCACAUAAAGACUAUUGCGACAAAAGUUGGAUUGCCACUGGUGUUCAAGUCAAGCUUUGACAAAGCUAACCGUACAUCCUCAAAAUUAUUCCGGGGCCCUGGCAUGGCUGAAGGGUUAAAGAUCCUUAAGAAGGUUAAAAUAGCUUUUGACCUCCCUAUAGUUACAAAUGUACACGAGUUUAUACAGUGCGAAGAAGUUGGCAAAUUAAGUUGCAGAUAUCAUUCAGAUUCCUGCAUUUUUAUGCCGUCAGAAGAGUUGGACAAUCCUUGGUUGCUAAAACUGGAGCUCUCUCUGCCAAAAGUUACUCUCUAAAGACUUGCUCAGCUGUAUGGUAGACUUAGCAGGAAAAGAUGGCAUUGCGAAGGUUGGGUGUCAGGAAGUGUUUAUAUGCAAUAAAGCAAGGUUUUGUUCCAAUGAGGCCAUGAGAGCAACAAAGCUUGCAAAGCUAGACUCCUUAAGUAAAUUUCUGGAUGUAUAUUGCUAGGAGAGUACUAUUAGACGUACUCCUUUCGUGUAUAAAAGAUUAGCUUUGCACAAUCUAUUUUGAUGCAUGAUGUAGAUUAUAACAUUUUCUAUAUAUUGAUCAGUUACUGUUAAUUUGGUCAUUUUUAA